UGUUGAGACGUCGGAGAACUGGCAUUAUGCCGUACGAUGAUGUAGUAGCUUGCUAGCUUGUUUAUUUGCCAGCUAAUUUAAGGUAAAAUCUAAAUAACCUGAGGUCUUAGGACUCAUUCGUAUUUAAUAUCAAAGUAAAAAUCCAUAAAUUGGCUUCCACGACUCGUGUUUUUAAUACUUUUGGGAAAAGGCGUAUGUAAUGUCUGCUCUACCUCCCAGAGGAAGGAUGUGCCAGCAGGAGGAGAGAGGAGAUGGCGGAACCAGGGCCGUGGACGAGGCCGAGAAGCGGGAGGCCCAGAACCGUCUGCACCGGUUUGAGAUGCUAGCGGGUACAGAGAAAGACCGGCGACCCCAAGUUGACCCCAUGCGCGCAGUUAAGGAAUAUUCCAGACCGGCAGCUGGGAAAAAUGCUACAUACUCCGCUGACCUACGACCUCCUGUUGUGUUGUUGAAAACUGUGCGUUAUCUUAUUGAUGAGGUUGCUGCGUCUCCUCAUCUGUGUCCUUGGACUGAGGUGUAUAGUUUUGUUUUUGAUCGUCUGCGCAGUGUCAAGCAGGACAUGAUCAUCCAAAGGAUGCACGGCCCAGACUGCGUGGCCAUUUUAGAGCGGACUGUACGCUUUCUCAUCUAUGCCUCCUACCGGCUUUGCGGUGAGCCUCUUCGGCUUUAUGACCCUUGCAUCAAUGACACACACCUCCAGGAGAACUUAAGCUGGCUGCUGGACUGCUACGCACACGGAACAGAGCCGCAUCCCCACGAGGAAGAGUUCCAGGCUCUCGGUUUGCUGUAUAACUUAGGGUCAUCUCGUGCCAUGCAGCACAUCAUGGAGCAACCAACACAGCUUCGCCGCUCCCCUGCUGUAGCACUUGCCCUCUCCAUUAACCGGGCCUUUCUGGAGCGAAACCCUGUGCGUCUGCUGCAAUAUGCCAGCAGGCUGACCUUCCUGCAGGGCUGCGCUCUACACCGCCACCUGAUGGCGAGCCGCAAGGACCUGUUAUUGAUAUACAGCCACGGCUACAACAGUAAAAACUGUCGCUUUCCCCUGGACAGACUGUCUAAGCUGCUAUCCUUGGACAAUUCUUUAACGACAACUCUCUGUCAGACAUAUGGAUUGGAGGUCAAUCAGGAAAAUCAGGUGGUGUUUUCCAAGGCUGCUUUCUCUGAGCCGGAGCAAGGAAAACUAAGAUGUGCUCUUUAUCACAAUAUUGUGGAGGAGACACAGAAGGACCUCACUGUUGGAAACAUUGUUCAUGGCAGUUCUUGACAAAAAGGAAGUGGUUAAAAUAAUGAGUGCCUACACUGUAAGACUGAAGUUUAGGUAUUUGUUGAGGUAUGCCCGCAGCAACAAGAGCAACCUAAAAAAUUCUGUCUUUUGCAAACAUAAUGGAGUUUUGAUCUACAAUCUGAGACAUUAGACAUUUGCAUCAUACUGAGAGCUUUCUUGCAUUCCGUAAAUACCAAAUGUAUCAGGAAACAUUUCAGUUUCAUGCCGUGAAGUUCUACAGCACUGCAAGCUACAAACAUCAUUUGUUGACUUUGAUUAUUGACUUUAUUUUUCCUGUGACCCUUGACAAAAAUAGCAUUUUCCAUCACAGUCUCAUAUAAAUGUUGUUUUUGGGUUGUGUAUAGAAUGUGUUGUUGGCGUGCCAGUAUUUUAUAUGUGAAAUGGAAAUGAAGAGUAGUAGAAGUUGUAAUAAAGUUGCCUAUAUUGUA